GCCGAUGUGUGUCGGUGUUCUUCCUGAAAAGACACUCGCAUUGAAGCCGCUGAUGUCGCCGCAGAGAGGUCGCUAGGUUAAGUAGAUCUUCUAAGCCUGCUCUCGCUUGGCCACGAACCAUCCGCUCUCAGAUUAAAACCCAGGGUUCUUCGCUUCAGACCUUCGUCCUUUUAGAUGCCGCACAGCCUUCUCAAAUGGCUUGUUGUCUGAAGGACGAGCUCCUCUGUUCCAUCUGCCUCAGCAUUUACCAGGACCCCGUCAGCUUUGGCUGCGAGCAUUACUUCUGCAGGAAGUGCAUCACCGAGCACUGGAGCAGGCAGGAGCUGCACGGGACGCGGGACUGCCCCGAGUGCCGCCGGACCUUCGCCGAUCCRCUGCUGUCGCCAAGCCUCAAGCUGUCCAACAUUGUGGAGCGCUACUCGGCCUUCCCGCUCGACGCCAUCCUGAACGCGCAGAGGAGCUCCUACCCCUGCAAGGACCACGAGAAGGUCAAGCUCUUCUGCCUGACGGACAAAAGCCUGGUGUGCUUCUUCUGUGACGAGCCGGCGCUUCACGAGCAGCACCAGGUGACCACCAUCGACGAGGCGUACGAGGAGAUUCAGAGGGAGAUGAAGGAGCAGCUGGCUUCGCUGCAGGACAGCGAGAAGGGACACUCCGAGGCCCUCCAUCUCCUGCGGAGACAGCUCACGGAGACCAAGUCUUCAGCCAAGAGUCUUCGUGCAACCAUCGGCGAUGCGUUCGAGCGGCUUCACCGCUUCCUCCGAGAGCGCCAGAAGAGCAUGCUGGAGGAGCUGGAGAUGGACACGGCCCGCAAGCUGGCCGACAUCGAGCAGAAGAUCCAGUGCUACAGUCAGCAGCUGCGCGACGUCAAGGAGGGCAUCCAGAUCCUGCAGGAGCGCCUCAGCGAGACGGGCCGCCACGACUUCCUGGAGGGCGUGGCCAUCACAUCCGAGAGGGUUAAAGGGAAGAUACACGAGACCAAUCUGACUUAUGAGGACUUCCCAACRUCCAAGUACAUGGGGCCCCUGCAGUACACAAUCUGGAAAUCGCUCUUCCAAGACAUUUCACCAGGUAAGGGAGCGCUGCACAAACUACAGCUGUCAGGCUUAAAGCUGGGCGCCGAGGGCUUCGUGUCGGGCGUCCACUACUGGGAAGUGAUGGUGUCGGAGAAGACGCAGUGGAUGAUCGGCGUGGCCAACGAGACGGUGAGCCGCAAGGGCAGCAUCCAGAUCCAGCCCAGCCGCGGCUUCUACUGCAUCGUGAUGCAYGACGGCAACCAGUACAGCGCCUGCACCGAGCCCUGGACGCGCCUCAACGUCAAGAGCAAGCUGGAGAAGGUGGGGGUGUUCCUGGACUACCCGAAAGGCCUGCUCAUCUUCUACAACGCAGACGACAUGUCCUGGCUCUACACGUACCGGGAGAAAUUCAUCUCCAAGGUCUUCCCUUAUUUCAGCCCCGGCCAGAGCCACGCCAACGGCAAGAACGUGCAGCCGCUGCGCAUCAACACCGUGCGGCUUUAAGGGGAAACGCCGGCUGGUUGCAGAUGACCAAACAGAUGAUUGAAUCUUAGGUGACAGAAAUGUUUAAAAAUGUAUAUCGGGGGUGUUAAAAUGUUUUCUUCAGUUCUGUCAAGAAUCAUGCUUUGCGAAAUGUUUAUUUUUUAAGGACCUUAAAGUUGUCGUUUGCACUUGGACCUCAUUGAGCAUCCUGUURGGAACAAAGAUGACACUAAGUGGAGAAACGUCGUCGGUUCUCCUGGGCUUUGACAGACGGAGACGAAGAACAUUCCUCUCAGAGUCGCUGUCUGAGGCCCACCUCACACUCCCAGGCGACUCGCUCUCACUAUAAACUCUUGCCUGUCAGGCUCCAUGUCGCCUGUUUGUUUCCAAACAAGUGCACCAGUGAAGAACAGGCACUUGUCUCCUGCUAUACUGCUGGCUUCCUGUGCUAGCUGUGAUUGACAGCACGCCUGUUGGUUUGUUUUUUUUCUCCGUUUUUCAGACGGUGACUCACUCGUGUCAAGUGUGCUCGUAUCUUGGGGUUGUUGCUCUUUUGUUUUUUAUAAGUUAAUUUGUGGAUUUUGGCUUCAGAAGAGCCUUAAAUAAGAGAGUAUCAUUUUUGUUUUGGACUAUUAUGUUUCUUUCUGCGGUCGCUCUCUGUGUAGUCCGUCAUUGUGAAGAAAACCUGUGUGUGUGUGUUUGUGUUCUGUCUGUUUUACUUCUAAACACUUAAGAGUAGAAGAGCACUACUUGCAGUGUCUUGCAAAAGUAUUCACACUUCUUAUAUUUUGUCCCAUUACAAACAGAAUUUAAAGGUAUUUUAUGUGACUGAUCAACACAAAGUGAGUUUGAUGUGAAGUGAAGAAGGGAUACAUGGUCUCUGAAAAGUGUGGCAUGCAUUUGUAGCCGACCCCUUUUCUUUGCAAAACGGGUCAAGCUCAGACUGGAURGAGAACUGGRUGAAGUUUUAACAUAGAUUGUCCACUAGAUUUAAGUCUGAACUUUGACUAGGCCAUUCUAACACAGGUAUCCAUUUUGAUCUCAGGCUACAAAACGAAAGUAGAACCUCUGCCCUGGUUUGAUUGCCCUCAAUUCAACUCCAUCCAGCUUCCUGUCAACUUUGACCAGUUUCCAUGUUGAUGAAAUACACAGCAUGAAGCUGCCACUACCAUCUUUCUUGUUGGGGGUGGUGUGUCUUUUUUGGGGGGUGGGAGGGCGCGGGUUGUAUGUUGGUCAAAAAGUUGCUUGGUUCUGUUUUUUUUUUCUUGCCAGUCUUCCAUAAGACAUUUGAGAAGAAUAUAAGUGACAGAUUCUUCCACCUGAGCUAUGAAUCUCUACAUACCCUCCAGAGUUGCCUUUUUGUGUAAUUUCUGAGGGAAAAUGGUUGCACAGGUUUUAUUUGUAAAGUGUUUAAGAGGGGUAAAAACRAAUGCUUUCCCCACUUGUGUGUAAAAACCAUAGAAACUCAUCAUCAUCCUACUUGUACAUCACAACUAAGCAUUACUCUCUCUUGUUUUCACAUCAUAACAUAAAAUGUUGGCUGUAGCUUCAUGAAACAUGGCUGCAUCAGGGGUGUGAAUACUUUUCUAAUGCAUUGUGCUCAGUAGGUAGUUUUAAAGAGGCAGGACGUUGCUUAGGCAAAUGCUGCUAUUGGUGAAGCGAGGACCUUCUAGUUUGUAUAUAAAGUAAAAAGGAAGAAGUCUCCCGUGGAGUUGUUCAUAUUUAAGUUGCUGUCCUUUUCCUGAGACGUCCACAUGUUUUUCUUCCCUCAUCUUGUSUUAAUAUUAAAUGAAUAUUAAAUUAAGUAAAUAUUGAUCCUUGUUGUCGAGGGAGAUGUGAGGAGAGAACCGGUGUCCUCUUCUAUUAAUUCCCCUCAUUUGUUAGAUGAAAUUGAGCUGAAUGUUUAGAGAAGAGGCAGUGGGCGGGUGAGUUAUGUGCUGGUGUUGCAUGAUGAUAAAAAUCACAGAUCAUUCCUUUUGAGGCUCGGUCAUGUUCAUUUCUGUCCCAUGUGCCUCAAGUGCUCUUGUUUYAUCGUUAGUCACACACGAGUCCUGCUGUCUGGGGUCGCAAAUCCAACUUCAGUUGUCGCUAGUGAAGCCGAACCGCCCAAGCGAUGGGGGGGGAAGUGGUAAUAAUUGCACAAUUGUUCAAGAUCAGGUCGAUCUCAAYCAACAAAUAAUGAAACAAAAGCAGCAGCCUUCCUUUGCUACUGUAUUUUUUAUGUUUGCAUUUGUGCGUGUGUCGUCUUUGUUGGUUUAUAAAGUGAAAAUUGCCCUCACUUCGAUAGGAAAUGAUUCUGGUAUGUGCCGUAGGACGCGAAUCAAGCUGCGAGUCGGUGGCUGUUUUAACAUGCACAGAUCUGCAGGAGUCUCUGAUGAUCCUCAAGUUAUGAGUCAUUUUUGCAGAGCAACACCUGGAUCUGCUUGUUACCCAUGAAAAGCCUGCUGUUAGGUUUAUUUUAAGGUUUUAGGCUGAAGUUGCAGACACUGUGGAGAGCUUUCUGAUGUUUAAAGAUUAAAGAGAAUUUGACUCCAGAUUGUUUUGCUGCAUUCAGUGGAAAUAUUACAAUUAAUAGGAGUUGUGUUGGGUCACUGUUGAAUCUAUUGGUAAAAAUAUAUAUAUUAUGCUCAUAACUAUGACACUUUAUAUGGAUAUAAUGAUGACUGUGUCUUUUGAUGAUGGCCUCUUYGCACUUGUUGUGUUAAAAACAAAAACCCUCCAGUGGGCUUUUGCUGCUGGAGGAUUGUGGGAAAUGUUUUAAUGUACAAUAAACCACUGUAAAAACAUCA